GCUUUUGCGCAUGCGCAGUCAGUUUAUUUGGACGAGCCAUAAAUGAAAUUGUUUUUUUUAAUUUUCCGUCAGUAUACCAUCUAAUCUCUCAAUUCUUCCGCGAUCUUCAAUCCAGUUUCAUAAGGAGAAUUUAUUGGAAUAGAGGAAUGAAUGCUGAGUACAAGUAGAAAAUCAGCCAAGCUGCAAAAAGCUAAAAAACGUAGAAAAGUUAAAAGAAUAAGAACUCAUUCUUCGUCUGGAAGUUCUUGGCUGUGUGCAUGUAGUUCUGGCGUACAUACACUACCAGUGUAAGAUAUUUGUGUUUAUUGAUUGUCUUUCUUCCAACACGUGUUCAGUCGUUGUACUUCCUAAUUUUUAUUAACAACAACUCUCUUGGUCAAAGUUAGAGCGAAUGAUUAUGGAAAAAUGUGAUAAAAGAAAAUCAAAGAGCAUGAUUAACUUUGCAUGCUUGAUAAUUUCUAACCGAUGCAUUAUACUUUUUUGUGAUCUCAUUUAGAUUAUUUCCGUUAGGAUAUACUUUUAAUUUAGUUUUUAUUUAGACUAUUUUUUAGAGCCAGAAACUAUUUUCUAGUUGUCUUUUAAAAUUAUGUUUCUCACAAAGUUCUUGAUAAAGAAAAUAGGAAAGUUUAUAGUAUUUAGAUGCUCUCGGCUAAUAUAAGUGUGUAAAUUAAUGAGAACUGAUGUUGUUGGAAAAAUUAGAUUACAUAAAUAAUAUUCCUUCAGGCCUACAAUGACUGAUCUUCAAGCUACAAUUGAAUUUCAAGUAGAGUUGGGUAAAUUUUAUAACGUUGAUCUUUUUCAAAGAGGUUUUUAUCAAGUCCGUGUAUCCCUUAAUUGUUUAUCAAAAAAUGCUUGUAAAGUUGAAGAACCACAACUACCAGAACAUAAUAUUACUGACGAAACGGUACCAAAGUCUUUACCGUCGAUCAUCAAUAGAACAGCAGUUAGUAAGACAUUCCAGAUCUUAUACAGGCACGAGGAAGUUAGCAUAAAUGACGUUGUACAAUUUAAAGUUCAUACACUAGUCAACGCCAACAAGAUUGAAGAUAGUUUAAAUAGUCAGGAAUUCGUACUGUCUAUUGAACUUUGGUUUACAGAUGAAGAGUGCCCCGACAAGCAAGAAAAAAUGGCCUUGGCCAGCUCACGGACCAUAAAAGUCCAUAUGGAUAGUGCUAAAGGCGUUCAUCAUUAUAUUCCAGUCCUUUUCGAUUAUUUCCACUUGGCAGCAGUUGCCGUGACAAUUCAUGCAGCAUUAACAACACUGCAACAACCUUAUAUAACCAUAACCAAGAACCAAAAAACAACUAAUUGGACACCGCAAAAGCCAUUAACCGAUCCUGCAACUCUUGAAACGGUGCUAUUUGGAACUGCAAAACAACUUACUUGUAACAAUCGUUAUAUACCCAAAUUGGAUCAGGCCUUCGCAAUUUUCAAAAAUAUAUGCCGUUCCCUAUUAAUUUCCUACGAAGAUUUACAAAAAUCUUAUGAGUUUUUACUGAGCAAACAAAAGACUUCUGUUAAGCAAGAAUUUCAGACAAAUCAUGUUGAUUGCUCUGCAAAACUAGGCGGAUUAUGUGAAUAUAUCAGAUCUCUUUCAACACCCGACGAAGUUUUAGAACAAGCAACAACAACGGUAUCUCAAUUAUGCGCGGAAAAUGUAGUAUUUUGGAAGCAAUAUCUGAGACUUGUGACUUUACGAAGUCGAGUCACGCACCAACUGGCAAAGGAUCAUCACCAAGUGAGAGUUAAACGAUUCGCUGAAGCCUUUUUCACGCAAGAACACGUUAAAGGAGAAGCUCUAAGAUGUUUUGAACCAGAUAUUCACAGUCACGAACAGCUAUCUAGUAUUGUACGAUCCUCGCCGUAUAUGCAGUCAAUACCUCCACUUUCUGCAGAAUGCGUUGAAUUAGAUGGUGACCACACUACUUUACCAAUAGUGUUUGAAGAUAUUUAUACUGAGAACAUUAACCAGCCAGCAAUAGUCUUUCGCACAAAAUCGGAAGAUCGAGGCUCGUCCUUAUUCGGAAGUAAUCUCACUGUCAGGUCAUCAUCCAGCGAUCUUUCCAGGAAAUUACCUAGGGAUGCUUCAAAGAAGUUUUCUUCCAAUCCAGUUAGAGGUUCAGUUGCUCUUGAUACCAAUAGCUGUCAGCUUAUCGGUUAUCGUAAAAUCUCUACCGAUGCAAAAGUCGAAAUUGGAACUCUAUCCACUCAAUCAGUUGGUAAUGUUUGCGAAGAAACUAGUAAUCCUGAUAAAACAACUUCUUCGUUGCCAGAUCUACGAAGUAAAAGUAACAACGAAGCUUCCACUGUAAACUCUUCUAGCAAUGAAAGUAACACUAAUGUUAACAAUUCAUCGUCGUCUUCGUCAAAAGACGAUGGUUUGGAUAAUAUUCAAAACGGUUAUGUGGAAGAAGAAGCCAAUCCUAAAAUGGAAGUUACUUACGGAGAUCUGGUCAACGACAUAAGUAAAGCAUUGGGAGAAGAGCCCACCGAAGAAAAAAAAGAUAGCGGCUCUGAGUCACCGGUCGCAACGACAAAUAACAAUAGCAAAAAAGGGGAAGAGGAGGAAAAGACAAAGGAAGCUGUCGAUGUGGCCACAGUAAAAAUGGAAACCUCAGAAACCUCUAUCUCGGAAUCUAUACAAAACGAUGGCGAAAAAAAAGAAGCUGAAAUUGAAAAGCCUAUAUCAGUUUUAGAUUUACUUCGAGAAGAAUUUGAAUAUUCUAAAAAACAAUCAGAAAGUGAGCCAAAUUUAACCCGAAGCAGCGAAGAUUUAAGAGCAAGCGGAUUCUCUCAUCCUUCUAAGCGAUUACAUACAUCAGUUUCGACACCCAUCAUAUCGAAAUUAACGAUCGAUAAAGAAAACAAGGAAGUUGCAAAAACUGAAUUAGCCUCUAAAGUAUCGGACAAAACCGUCAAGUUUGUAAGGAUGAAAGAAGAACUUAGGUCUAGAAUGGUAUACAAUGGCCAUUUUUAUAGCGAUUUCCCUUCUCAAGCCGCUGAAUAUGCUUACUUUUAUAAUCAAGAUGUACCUCGGCAUCUUGGAAGGCAACAAGUGCAUUUAAUCGUUUGUGUACAUGGUUUAGAUGGAAAUUCUGCCGAUUUAAGGCUGGUCAGAACCUAUCUGGAGUUGUGUUUACCGGGAGGUCGUUUUGAUUUUCUAAUGUCUGAGGGAAAUCAAUCAGAUACUUUCGCCGACUUUGAUACAAUGACAGAUAGGUUGAUAGAUGAAAUUUUAAGACAUAUUGAAAUUUAUGACUUGAACCCCGGUCGUAUAAGUUUUAUUGGUCAUUCUCUCGGAAAUAUCAUUAUAAGAUCGGCCCUUGCUAGCGAUCGCAUGGCAGAGUGGAGGAAGAAAAUGUACACAUUCCUUAGUCUUUCCGGUCCCCACUUAGGAACUUUAUAUAAUUCCAGUAUGCUUGUGAAUUUUGGAAUGUCAGUUAUGCAAAAAUGGAAAAAAUCAGACAGCCUUUUGCAGCUAUCUCUUAAAGACGAACCAAAUCCGAAGGAUUGUUUUCUAUAUCGUUUAAGUUUAAAACCUGGUUUAGAGUAUUUUACCAAUGUAUUGCUGGUCGCCUCUCAACAGGAUCGUUAUGUUCCUUAUCACAGUUCUAGAAUAGAACUUUGUCAAUCGGCUGUAAGAGACCAACGUUCAUCUGUUGGAAAUUCCUAUUGCGAAAUGGUUAAGAAUCUACUCCAACCUAUUGCCUACAACUCGGAAGUGACGCUUGCUAGAUAUGACGUCUUUCACUCAUUAGGAAAUAAUGCCAAUAGCCUAAUCGGUCGAGCCGCUCAUAUAGCCGUUCUAGAUGCUGAAAUUUUUAUAGAAAAGUUCAUAUCAGUCGUUGGUAUAAAGUACUUCAAGUGAUAAGUGCCAUGACGAAAGAAAUGUGAUUUUUUCACUUUUAAUCUUCGUACGUAAUUGUAAAAAAAAAUAGAAAAAAAAGUAAAAGAGCAGCCAAAGACAAACUAAAAAAAAAUAUUUAUAUAUACUGUGUAUAUAUAUAUAUAAAUAUUAGCAAAAAAAGACUAAAAAUUUCAUAUAUACAACAGUUAUAACAGUUAUACAAUUAUAAUGAAUUAGGAAAGAAAAGUCCUGGAAGAAGAAACCGAAAGGACAAAAUUUUGAAUCUAAUAUAUAUAUAUACAUAUAUAUAUAUAUAUAUAUACACUAAUAUAUCUUUUUAUCGUUUUUUUUUUAAAAAUUAUCUCUAUCCUCCCUAUUUUUCAGUUUGUACUGAUCUGUGUGUUUUUUUUGCACUGUAUAGUUGAACAAUUCUCAAUAAAUUGAAAGAGUGAGAAUGAUAUUAGUCAAA